AUGGCGUACGCACAAGACGACGACGAGUGGGAGUAUGAAUACGACGAGAACGAGACCGAGGAUUUCUAUAUUCCAAUCGACGUUUCAAAUGUGCCCGGCGCACAGGGACCGGUCAACGCGCUCCCCAAGAGAGGCCACCCGGUGCUGCUCAAGACCAGGCUGAGGGCGCUCAACGCAGGACGGAGGGAAACCGAGAAUGCUGCAGAUGCCCAGGGCGCAGGUUCAGUCGGCGAGAUCCAGAUCACUGGUCUGCAUACCUCGAAUCCGUUGCUUCUGUAUAACGACCAGAUGCUCAGCUGCCAGUGGACGUCAACUCUCGGAACCGACAUGUUUUUCGUGAAGCCGAAGCCAGCUGCGGGCGUCACGGAGAAGCCCCUUCGGUCAUUGCCCGCAGUAGAUCUCCUUGCCACCGGUUCGGCCAGAUUGGUCGCGAGGGUUGGCCGUCUCCGUCCACGCGAUGAUCUCUUCGAAAAUCCGCGCGAGGAGCAGCACACUACGGACAAGAUGGAUACCUCCGCGGACGCGCCAAGUGAAAGAGGCGUAGUUACCCAGCCCACCGGCAACAUGCAGCCCGAUGCUCAAGAGGGCCGGCCGGCUCCGUCAAACUUUCUAGCGAGACUAAAUGAGGCAAAGGCCAAAAGAGGAGACUGGUCUCGGUUGGUACUUUCUCAGACACCCAACGGCCCGCGUCUUGUCGCUGAGGAAGAUCCAACGCAAUCCCCGUCGAAUGGUGAAGCAGAAGACACUGACAUGGGCGGUACCGGCUGA